UUGGGAACAGAGUUAGCCAAGAAACUGAAUAACAAGUAGAAGGGAAAGGUAGCCCCUGCUCAUUGGGAGGUAGCCGUGGAAGCUCUGCCUUCUGCGGUUGCCAGGCAACAAAGGUAAACAGCAGGAAGUGGCAGCAUCAUGGCCACUAACUACAGCGCCAACCAGUAUGAAAAAGCGUUCUCACCCAAGUAUCUGCAGAACUGGUCUCCCGCCAAGCCAACAAAACAGAGCAUUUCUUCUCAUGAAGGCUACACUCAGAUUAUCGCCAAUGAUCGUGGUCAUCUAUUGCCUUCAGUGCCCCGUUCCAAGGCAAAUCCUUGGGGUUCCUUCAUGGGCACCUGGCAAAUGCCUCUGAAGGUACCCCCUGCUCGGGUGACCCUGACCUCCCGUACAGCGGCUGGUGCUGCCUCCCUCACCAAAUGGAUACAGAAAAAUCCUGAUUUACUCAAGGCCUCCAAUGGGCUGCGUCCUGAAAUCUUUGGCAAGACAUUUACUGAAAGCAUCCUAUGUACUAAACCUGUGCUAAACUUCUGGCGAGAAAAACUACGACAUGGUCUCUGCCCUUAAGAACUAGGGGAUCUGGUGUCAAGAUGGCCGCACAGGAGGACCCUGAACUCACCUCCUUCCACGGACACAACAAAUUUACAACUAGUCCUUGAACAAGUACCCUUGAGAGAGAACUGAAAACUGGAUAAAAAGAAUCCCCACAACAAGGGACAGUGCUGACUGAGGUGGAAGAGACGGAAAUUCCUUUCUUGAGAGGAAAAAGCCAUAUUUUAGCCACGGCGCUUCACAGCUGAGGGCAAUGUUAAGCUGCUGCUAAGGUGCUUGGUCCUUCCGAGGAAGCUAAGGCCGCGUUGGGUUGAGGCCCUCACUUCAUCCAGCAACUAGCACCAUGCCCGGCAGAGCCUGCCCAGCACUCGCCCGCACCAUGGCCUCCGACUUGGAGUUUGCCUGCAUCUACCUGGGCCUCAUCCUGCAUGAAGAUGAGGUGACAGUCACUGAGAAUAAGAUCAAUGUUCUCAUCAAAGUGGCUCUCAUCAAAGCAGCCGGCGUAGAUGUUGAAACUCUCUGGCCAGGCUUGUUUGCAAAGGCCCUGGCCAGUGUCAACACUGGGAGCCUCCCGCAGUGUAGGAGCUGGUGGACCUGCCCCAGCAGCUGGCGCUGCACCAGCAGGAGGUCCUGCGCCCUCCACCAUUGCUGCCUCAGCUGAGGAGAAGAACAUGGAAGCAAAGAAAGAACUGAGGAGUCUGAUGAUGACAUGGGCUUUGGGCUUUUUGACUAAACCUCUUGUAACACAUUCAAUAAAAAGCUGAACUCUU